CUAGUGCUUCAGAAACGAGUGGAAGGUGGACGCAAGAUUAGCUUCUCUGACUGAACACGAGUUAAUCAUCUUACAAAAAUACUGUUAUACUUACCAAUAGAUACCAAGCGUAUCUGCUCUACUCUGAAGCCAUAACUGACUCUUAAUAUAUAGGCAAAAAAAAGGGAACCGCUGUGGUUUAUUUCUACUUUUCUUCGGGCAUGAUUGGUAAGGAUAGCUAGCAGCACCAGACGCUCCUCGCCGCAGCUAGCCACUUCCGACACUUUUGAAAGAAACUGUCCCUCCACCUGUUUGUGAUAGACAUGCAUAUUCAGCUGACUAGUCAGGCGUACUGUAAAAUGCUGUUACACACAGCCAAAUAUCCCCACUGCGCUGUCAACGGGUUGCUGGUGGCGGAAAAGACCAAAGAGAAGAAGAAAGACGGCCACGGUGGUCCCGUUCUGUGCGUGGACUGUGUCCCUCUUUUCCACGGCACUCUAGCUCUGGCACCGAUGCUGGAAGUAGCUUUGACACUGAUCGAUUCUUGGUGUAAGGAAAAUAACUACGUUAUCGUCGGAUAUUAUCAAGCCAAUGAACAGACACAGGAUUCAAGACCAAACCAGGUUGCACAAAAAGUGGCUGCCAGGAUUUCUGAGAACUUCAAUGAAGCCGUUAUCGUUAUGGUGGACAGCAGCAGAUUAACAAUGAGCUGUUUUGAGCCCAUCGUAUUUAUCUACGAUCACGUUGAAAACAAGUGGAAAAACAGAGAAGUAACAACGGACGCUUUUGAGGACUGGAACGAAGCACAGACGAUCACAUCUGCUCUGCUGGUGGGCAGGUCCUAUGAGAACUUGAUUGACUUUGACAACCACUUGGAUGACCUAAGAAACGAUUGGACCAACCCCGCCAUUAACAAGUCCGUCCUGGAUCUCUGUUAAGACCUGCCGCUGAAGUCUUCGGAAGCCCCACGUGAAAUUUUGCGGCCAUUUUUCGCUUGCAUGAUGCUACAUUGAGAACCUCCUGCACUGAAAGAAAUCGGCGGAGCACUGAUCAUCCUGGUCGAAAUCUCUCAAGUGCAGGCGCCACACAUGCACUGUUGGCCCUUGUCCACCUUUACAAGGUGAUGCGGAGGCGAUAAAGGCGAUUUGUUCUUAAAAUAAACGUUUCUGUUCUUUUGGUUUUCGAAAGGGUUUGUUUAUUCAGAUAUGUGCGAAAGAUCUAGAGCGUUGGAAUAAUGGAAAAUUGAAUAGCUAGUAGCCAUACUAAAGUGAAGUUCUAACUUAUUAAUAAAGCACAGGUAAUGAUUUUAUUUUAAAAUUUGAGAAUACAUCUAUAGAGAUCACAUCUAAAUGUGAAAUCUUUUUUUAAGGUUCAAAACAAGAUUCACAUAUUUAAAUGUACCCUGAUGCUGUAAAAACCUACUCUGGCCUACUUUCAUGCUUACACACUACUGUGUUUUUUUUCUUGUUUUCAUUACAAUGUUUUUGGAUGUUAGUUUUUGGCUAUACAGAAGAUGUACAGAUAGGUUUGGAUUUGCCAUACUUAUUUAAAUUUCUGAACUGCAUCAGGUCAAAGGAAUGUGUGGAUUUUGUUUUGCUCUAGAUGCUUCUCUGAAUAACUUGCUUAUAGCCCGUGUGUCCUUAAUUGACUUCUCUAAAUCACUUAAUUGUUGGAAUUAUAUACAGAUUUCCAGGUUAUAAAGCUGCCUUUGUAUUUAAUGAUAGAACUGUUCAGGACUGACCUCAAAUUUGUUUAAAAAACAUGGCAUUUUUGCAGAACCUUUAUGAACUGAAUGUAAAAUGAAAAGGGUUUCUGAGAGUGUCAAGGUACUUGCUGAACUUUUUUUUCCAUUUGUGAAAUAAAUUUGCAGUCUUUUAUUCAA